AUGCCGCUCACCGCGCUCUUGUUUACUCUCACCGCACUGCUUCUGCAGGUGGGCAUUGUGUGCCCGCUCGUGUGUGACGCGGCGCAGUUUCCGUGGCAGACGCGUCCUCCAGGAAGACCCUUCAGCACUGGCCCCAUUAUUUACCCGCCAGGCACAAUACAUUACGUGCGGCAGCCGGCGAAGAAAGCCCCGGUUCCCUUCUUUCAGCGUGCGUGGUAUGUUGGGUUCCUGCUGAUGGCUCUCGCUGUGAUUGUUUUAUACAUGCUCCUUUACCUGGCUGUGCGUUUGCGGUUCCGUGUGGCCGAGCAGGAAGCCGCGAAAAGAUCCCUCGCUGGAAUAAAUAGUGAUCAGGAAGAAAACCCUUUUUCUGAUCACUCCAGCGGGGAAGACAAGGAGUCUGAAUGA